AUGGCACAGAAACAAAGGCAAACGCCUUUGUAUGAUCAACUUGAACAUGUUGAAUUUGUAAGAUCGCGAAUGAGCUCAAUUAACGAGGCUCAACAGGAAUUUAUUAAUUAUAAGGGUGACAUUAAGGAGCCUUCGAACUGGGUUGAUUAUCUUAAUAGAUUUAACAUAUUUCUUUCCAAGCAUGUGGGUUUUUCGAGCACUUUUAUUGAAUUAAAUUUACGAAGAAUUGUAGUUUAUCCAAAAGAGAUUCCACCACCAGAACAAGAUGAAAAGAUUUCUUUUUUAUUACGAACGAAACGUAUUCCUGAAAUUGAAGAGGAGGAGGAACGUAUAAAACAUAACGUUUCUAUUGAUGAAGAUUUAUAUCAGGAUGAAAAAGACGCUAUUGUUGAUAUGAAUGACGAAACAAAAUGGGAUAAAUUAUUAAAUGAAUGGAUGUUACGAUACAAUGAACAUGCAAAAGUUGCAUUGGCUGCGUCAGAAUUUUCUGAGAACGUAAUUGGAGACAUCAAUAUAAAACUUAGAUUAGAAGACGAUGAAACCGAUUCUAAUUUAACUACCGAAGAAACUGGAUCUCAGAGUGAUCUCACUCUGGAGAAGGUUCUUGCAUUUAUGUCAAGUGGGAUUCAAGAUAGUAAGUGA